AAGGAGAGAAUCGUUGGCUUGUUCACUGAGCUGGGCAAUUUGGUUGCAAACGUUUCAUCACCAAUCGAGGUGACAUCAUCACGGUGGGUUAGUGGUUGUGCCGCUACGCACUACUACGCACUGAUGAUUUCACCUCGAUUGGUGAUGAAACGUUUGCAACCAAAUUGCCCAGCUCAGCGAACAAGCCAACGACCAUCUACACUACCUGAGCUACCGACAUUCUCCUCUAUAGAAACAGGAGAGAAUCUCAUGUGCCACGCAUCAAAUCCUAUGGACAUAGCCGGUGAUACAGUUGGUGGAGUGAGAAAACUGCGGUCGGUGACCAGACCAUUAAAGAUCGAUGAAGCGGAAUUACGAACCCAAUUCUUCCUCUUGAUGUUCGGGAUUGUCGAACCUACGCGUCACUCAAAGUUCCGUAUCGGGAACCUCAACAAGGAGGCACUGGUGUAUACUGAUUUUGGCGAAUAUGCACUCAUUUGCAAACUAAUUUGGUUUUUCGAGAGACUCACCUGGAACCCAGCUGAAUCUCUCGCUCGUGAUGUUUCCAAGCAACCGAAUGUGCUGCACUAG